CUCCACAAUGGUACAGCCAGCAUCUCCCCGCACAAUGGUUGUAAGGCGGUGAGCGAAGAGUGAUUCAGCAUCGCAGUCUCCGCUUCAGACCUCUUUUAAUUAGUCGGUGCUUCCUUGUUUUUUUCCGUUGUAAAGUCAAAUUACGCCUCACUGAGGUCUGCAAAUGUCGGUCGUCGGGAUGUUUUGAACAGGACUGUCACCGGAUUGGGAUUGUGGUCAGCUGGCACGGAAUGGUAUUUAUGAACAGACAUUUCUUAUACUACUGCAGUGAACCGAUCCUGGAUGUGAAGAUUGCCUUUUGUCAGGUGUGUGUUCCAUACAGGUAAAAAAGGGCUUUGGUAAACAAGUGGAUGUGUCAUACAUCGGUAAACAUUACAAUAUGAGCAAAAGCAAAGUGGACAACCAGUUCUACAGUGUGGAAGUGGGAGACUCUACCUUCACAGUCCUCAAACGCUACCAGAAUCUAAAACCCAUCGGCUCUGGGGCUCAGGGAAUCGUAUGUGCUGGAUAUGACGCCGUACUGGACAGAAAUGUGGCCAUCAAGAAGCUCAGCAGACCCUUCCAGAACCAGACGCAUGCCAAACGAGCCUACCGGGAACUGGUGCUCAUGAAAUGUGUCAAUCACAAAAACAUAAUCAGCUUAUUAAAUGUUUUCACGCCACAGAAAUCUUUAGAGGAGUUCCAGGAUGUGUAUCUGGUGAUGGAGUUGAUGGAUGCCAACCUGUGCCAGGUGAUUCAGAUGGAACUCGACCAUGAGAGAAUGUCAUACCUGCUCUACCAGAUGCUCUGUGGCAUCAAACACCUUCACUCAGCUGGCAUCAUACACAGGGAUCUAAAACCUAGCAAUAUAGUAGUGAAGUCCGACUGCACGCUAAAGAUCCUGGACUUUGGGCUGGCGAGGACCGCGGGCACGAGCUUUAUGAUGACGCCCUACGUGGUGACCCGUUACUACAGAGCACCAGAGGUCAUCCUGGGCAUGGGCUACAAAGAGAACGUGGAUAUUUGGUCAGUAGGGUGCAUAAUGGGAGAAAUGGUGCGCCACAAAAUCCUCUUCCCUGGCCGGGACUACAUCGACCAGUGGAACAAGGUGAUCGAGCAGCUGGGCACGCCGUCGCCAGAGUUCAUGAAGAAGCUGCAGCCCACCGUGCGCAACUACGUGGAGAACAGGCCCAAGUACGCAGGCCUCACCUUCCCCAAGCUCUUCCCCGACUGCCUGUUCCCUGCAGACUCUGAGCACAACAAACUCAAAGCGAGCCAGGCUCGAGACCUGCUGUCUAAGAUGCUGAUUAUUGAUCCUGCCAAGCGGAUAUCAGUGGAUGAAGCCUUACAGCACCCCUACAUCAAUGUGUGGUACGACCCAUCUGAGGUGGAGGCUGGGCGAGAUCUCUUCCAAAUAUCAGUGCCCCCUCCACAGAUCUAUGACAAGCAGCUGGACGAAAGAGAACACUCCAUUGAUGAAUGGAAAGAGCUCAUCUACAAAGAGGUGAUGAACUUUGAGGAGAGAAUGAAGAAUGGUGUGGUGAAGGGACAGCCCUCUCCUUCAGGUGCAGCCGUGAAUGGCAGCGAGAGCCUCCCUCCCUCCUCCUCCGUCAACGAUAUCUCCUCCAUGUCCACCGACCAGACCCUCGCCUCCGACACCGACAGCAGCCUGGAGACCUCCGCAGGACCCCUCGGGUGUUGCAGGUGACUAGCCGCCUGCCUGCGCAACCCCAUGUUCUUCAGAAGGUGAAGUGCAAAACCACGCGAAAAUAUAUUAAAAAAAUACGAAAUCAACAUCAAGAAGAAGAAAAAUCAAAAAAGCGGAAAAAAGAGCAACGACAUCAACCAUCACGCGACGACGACAACUUAAUGCUGAUGAAAACAAAAAGCGAAGAAUUUGAAAUUAAGAAACGAAACAAAAAAAAAAUACAAAUGCCAAGCUUGCAUUCUCAUUCUAAAGUAUAAAUAAUGUUUAAUGUAACGAAACAGAACAACCUGAUAUGUAUAUUGAUCAAACCCUGUAGUUGCUUUGCUUUCUCUCUCUCUCUCCUCCUCCCUUGUAUGGCAUCCAAUGAAAAAAAAAACAGCCUAUUGCUCCGCAUCUCUCUGUAAAGUGUAAAUUGACUGGCUGAUGAUAACUGAUACCUUGCAAGCUUCUGUGCUUCACUCCGAUGUGGCAAGGUGGGCCUUUUGAAUUCAUGACUACUGUACUAUAUUCUAGACCUCCACUCCUCUCCCCCCCUGUGAUGGUAAUGCCAAUCUGUGCGCCCCUCUUGUGGGCUGUGCCAGGUUGAUGUGCUUGUUUGUGACUCCUAGUGGGGUGUGCUCCGUGCUGAAGGACUCCCCCCAUGUCUUCUUGUAUAUAUGUAACUCUGUACAGCAGUAGGAUACUCUCGUGUGGGACUGAAGGCCAGUAUUGGACGUGUUUAUUGCGCACCUUGCCACAUCACCGCUUUGACCUUAGUUUGACCUUGCCUGUAGUCUUGCAUGAUGGGGAGAAAAAAACUGAGCUCAUUUUUGGUUUUUACUGACCACUCCGUAGAGACACCCCUUUGUUUCUCUCCUCCUGUGAGCUUUUAGGGGCCUGUGAGCCCCGAGUGUGUGUGUGGUGGGGUUGGGUGGGGUUGCGGGGGGUGGAUGGACUUGAGGAUGAGCACCAGGGAAUGCUGGAGGAGUGUGUAUGUGUGUGUGUUGCGUGUGUAUGUGUGUGUGUGUGUGUGUGUGUGUGUUGCUUGUCACUGGCUGAGUGCGGUUCAUGAUGGUUUCAGUAGCCCACUGCUUGUGUUAGUUAAGUCCCGCUGGCAUUAGUGCACCCCACGGGCCCAGCCCAGGCCUUGCAUGCCAUUGCAUCGUCACACCCCUCUAAAGGGCACUCACUCCAGCUCCAGUGUCACAGUAACAGCAAGGAAAAGGACAGGAAAAAGGUGUGCUCACCUUUCUUGUGUGUGUGUGUGUGAGUGUGUGAGUGUGUGUGUGUGUGUUCGUUGGUGUAUAGUAGGGGCAGACAGAAAGUGCAGGGCAGUGAAGUAUUUACCUCAUCUUUCAACCUCUGACGACUACAGCUUUUCAUUCCAUGUUUUUCUCAUACACAUUCCUUGCUAUGAUUUCAUCUCAUUUGUGUGGUGUGUGCUUUGCUGUGAAUCCUACCAGACUGACUACCUAAAAACCAGAA